AUGACCGCGACCGGCUGCACAACUAAGGGCCUCGUGGAGGGCCCAUUGUCGUUCUGCCUCGUCCCACGAGAGCGAGAGCAACUGAAAGCUGGGGCGUACAGGAUUCAGGGAACGAGCAUCGAGGCAGAAGUUCGACGACUUACUGGUGCGAUCGGUAGUGCUAGGACUAAGCGUCGAAACAUCAUCUCUCAGGAAUUCCGGGAUGAGUAUUUCCGCCGCCGCCCAACAGAAGACAUUGAGAGGCAUAACAAUGGACAGCACGAUGAAGAGUACAUCGAGCCAGUGGUUGAGCAUCAGAUCCCACAGAGGACGCAGCUAGUCGAUCUUAUCUGCGCUCGCGCCACAGAUAUCACACCGCAGAAUGCUGUCAAGCGUCGCAUUCAGGUCGCCGAACUCAUGCUGGCUCUCUGCAAAUGCCGUGAGGCUCCCUCACGAUACCGUCUUCGCGUCGGCAUUCCUCCAAGUACUCGUGCGGCCCAAAAGUUUCCACAGGGUCUGUGUGUAAUAAGUGGGGCGUGUAAGUACUUGGAGAAAAUGCAUGUACAGUACAUACUCUACUCGUACUAUUGA